UUUUUACGUUAUUUUUUUUUUCUUUUGCCCAAGGCGUGUGCGGUGUGUGUGAGGGAGAAGACAGUGAGUGUGGGGCAUGCUUAUAUAGGUGUAUAACAGUCCAGUCGAUUAGUGGCGGACUAUUUGCAUUAUGCAGCCGCCGAUGCUUAUGACAUUUAGACUGAUCUAGACUGGCUUGGGAGACAGAGAGGACCGUUGAUGGAUGGAUAGACAGGAAGACAGUUUUUAUGGCUUUAGGUUGUGCUUAAUCAACAAACCAAGGGAUCAUGCCCAUUUUGGGGAUAUUAGUGUCUCUACACAGACCCCGUGUUGUCUCCCAUGCAGAAUGGAAUUUGCAGUCAUACAACCAUAGUCCAAAUUUGCUGAAAUGGAAAACCAUUCAAUAAUUUCAGAUAUUAGGCCUGGCCUGGGAAAUUAUUGCUUGUGUGGGGUAUUUUAUUUAUUUUGACUUUGUUCUUUUUCGCGGAGGGUUACAGGAUCCUUCCUUGGAGUCGAGCCGGAAAUAAGGGGCUCGCAGACAAGAAGGGACAAACGUAGGCAUGGCUCGCCUCAACUGGUGCCUAGCUGCCGUCAUCAGCUGGGGCAAGUUCCUCUUCGCAUGCUUCUUUCCGCUGCGGGGGUUCAAGCAAGACAAGCCUGACGAGCUGGAAGGGGUCCAUACACAUUCCUUCAAGCUGAAGCCAUUUAAGAAGGCCAAGAGCUGUGAUAUAUGCAAGCAGGCCAUCACAAAGGAGGGUCUCAUCUGCAAAGCUUGUCAGCUUUCCUGUCAUAAAAAAUGUGAAGUGAAGGUCACCACGGCAUGUCAAACGAGCACCAACUAUGAGCUUCCUCCUACUCCUCAGCUGCCAUUAAAGCAUGUAGAUACUCCGGGGUCAGCCAGGUCCUGCAAGAGUGCGGAAAUCAAGAGAAAACAGUCACGGAGUCAAAGUAUGGUUCACGGCAUGGAGGAAAGCUAUGAAGUGGACCUGGUCUACAUCACAGAGAGGAUCAUAUCCUUCUCUUUCCCCGCCACUGCCGAGGAGCGCAACUACAUCUCUCAUCUCAAGGAGGUGGCAGCCAUGCUACGCUCAAAACACGGGGACCACUACCUGGUGCUCAACCUGAGUGAACUGAGGAGUGACCUAACAACAUUAAACCCGAAGGUGCUGGAAUUUGGCUGGCCAGACCACCAUGCACCGCCACUAGACAAGAUCUGCAGCAUGUGCAAGGCCAUUGACACGUGGCUCAAUGGUGACCCGCACAACGUUGUGGUGCUUCACAACAAAGGUAACCGAGGCCGGACAGGGGUGGUGGUGGCUGCCUACAUGCAUUACAGCAACAUAUCUGCAAGUGCUGACCAGGCACUGGACAGGUUUGCUAUGAGGCGUUUCUAUGAGGACAAAGCACUUCCUGUGGGUCAACCUUCACAGAGAAGGUACGUGCGAUAUUUUAACGGCCUUUUGUCUGGCCAUAUAAAAAUCAACAACAAGCCUCUGUUCCUUCACCAUGUGAUCAUGCAUGGAAUUCCCAACUUUGAGUCCAAAGGAGGAUGCCGUCCAUUCCUGAAGAUUUACCAGGCCAUGCAGCCAGUCUAUACAUCAGGAAUAUAUAAUGUGCAAGGCGACAGCAACACCAGCAUUUGUAUCACCAUUGAGCCCGGCCUCCUGCUAAAAGGCGACAUUUUGCUCAAGUGUUACCACAAGCGCUUCCGAAACCCCACCAGGGAUGUCGUCUUCAGGGUGCAGUUCCAUACAUGCGCCAUUCAUGAUCUUGGAGUAGUGUUUGGAAAGAGCGAGUUGGAUGAGACAUUCAAAGAUGACAGAUUCCCUGAGUAUGGAAAGGUGGAAUUUGUGUUUUCAUAUGGUCCACAGAAAAUUAAAGGCCUAAGCCAUCUGGAGAAUGGGCCUAGCGUCUGUGUGGAUUACAACACUCAAGAUCCUUUGAUCCGUUGGGACUCGUAUGAAAAUUUCAUCCAUCGCUGUGAGGGAGCUGCGGAUGACCAGCAUGAUGUUGUUCACAGUCAAGGUCCACUUGAUGGAAGUCUGUAUGCACAGGUCCGAAAGAAAGACUCCUUGGAGGGAGUGGUCACCAUCAACGGCAUCCCUAUUCAUGGAGACCCCUUGACUGCAACUGAGAACCAACUGCAACACCCAAACCACCCCCUUCAGCCAACAGAACAUACCCUACCUGUUACUGGCCAUGCUUCUCUUCCUGCAGUCGACCACACGCUGUCUGUGAGCAGUGACUCUGGAAACUCCACCGCUUCUAUAAAGACUGAUCGUACAGAGGAACACAGUCAGUCUCUGCAUGGGGGCUCAAGUCACGGCAACCCUGUAGCAAGCCACCUGACCCUCAGCCCCCAAGAGAAGAGAGAACUUGAUCAGCUUCUGAGUGGACUUGAGGCACCUGCUCAUCAACGACAAGUCUAUUUGUCUACGUCAACCAGUCCGGGAGGGGGUGUCCGGCACCUUGUCCCUGCACAGGUGCAUGUCAACGGGGGCCAGCCCCGGCUAAGUGGUGCCCCUUCCGCAGGGGAACGUGAGACAGAUAUUCUUGAUGACGAGCUUCCCAAUAGCCAAGAGGGCAACAGUGUGGAUAGUUUGGGCACACUUUCAUCCUUAGAGGGCCAGGCCACACCAGCUAACCUCUACUAUCAGUCCCAAGCCACUGUCAGCAGUCAAAACGACGGCCCCUACCUUGAAAGAGGUCUUCUCAGCGACAACUUAAGUGAAAUGCCCGUUCACGGAUUGCAAACAGUCACUGCAAUGCAGGAACGCAGUCCCUCUGCGUCACCAUCAGGGGGAUAUAACAACUUCCAGAAUGGAAGUGGAAUGUAUCGCUCACAGUCUUUUGGUAACCCGCCUACCAGCAGUCUCGAAUCCAACCCUAAACUAAUGCCCAGGGCACCUGAGAGGAGUACAAGUAGUCGAGAGGCUGUUCAACGGGGUCUCAAUACGUGGCACCAGCACAGCCUCCCAGAUGAUCCUUUUGGCCCACCCCUUCAAUCCACUCACAGCUUGCCACAUUUUCCUUCCUCAGCUUCUCAAAGGGACAUUGAGCAGUCCAUUGAAGCCCUCAACAUGCUCAUGCUCGACCUGGACCCGAUCAACUCCCACAUGUCCAAGUCACACAGUGCUCCCCCUGGGGAAAAUACCCUCAAUUCCUCGCCGGUGCCCUUCUCCCAGACACUCACAAGGCCAUCGUACCAAGCCGACUCGGCCAUCCGUGGCAAGAGCACUUCCGGGUCAUUCAACAGCACCAUCAGUCAACCACCACGAGUGACUGGGAGAACUUUUCCCAACCAGAGCCCUCUUUUGGAGUCUCCGGGACACUGUCCUCAAAAAACUAGCUCUAAUUUGCAACACCAAAACACCACCCCAACGCACACACCUGAGCCCUAUAUACACACACGUCAAGCACUGCACCAGUUCUCAUCGGACCCCUCUUCAAACGUCCAAACACCGUUGAAACCUGUGAACUCAUACAUGGUCAGCACAGCUUCCCACUCUCCGGAUCGUCAGGGCUCGUCUCCCUACCCAGGGUGCAGUGAGUCCUCCUCUCCACUUCCUUCCCUCACACCUCAACCUAAGGACACUUCCUCUUCCUCUUUGGCCCGAGAGCAGGAUGCUGAGGAGGCAGCAUUGAACCUAGAGGGCUUGGUGGCUCACCGCAUUGCUGAGUACAACGCUCGAAUCCGGGGUAUCAGUGAAAGCAUAACACCGCAACAAUCUGACCGCCAUCGCUCCUAUUCCUUCUCUGGUGUACGCUCCAGAGGGAUGACCCCGGACGUGAGCAAGGAGAUGGGUCGGCGUCGGACCACCAGUGAGGGUCACUACCAGAGCACUCAUGACAACAGGCCGGCUGCUUCUUCACCAGAUUUCAGCAACAGUCUGCCCAACAACCCCAGCGGAAGACCCAGAGAGGGUAUCGUUCACACCUACCGGGAAGCAUUUGAGGACAAUGACAUUGCUCGCUCACCGCCAGGUUGGAUGCCAGCAGUGGAAAUGAAGCCGAAUCAAAAGUUUGCAUCAGACUCUGUUUCUAAUCAUGGAGAACAAGAAAAUCGUGGGUUUGUGGAAUAUAGAGCACAACAGUUCAGUGGUCCUCUCACCUCCAGCAGCCCUGUACACAGUCCAGAAGGGAGGCAUGGGUCUUUGGAUCACAGCCCAGGACCCAUUUACCCGCACACGCACACCUCCCCAGACGGCUCCCAAGUGAACAUCAUGGGUGUCCACACUGUCCCUGGUAGCCCCAACACCCUCCACCGCACAGUGGCCACCAAUACACCCCCAAGCCCUGCCCUCCAAAGGCGCCUGGGUCAAUCCAGUCCCUCACCAGUCAGACGCACACCUCCAGCGGGCAGCAGGGACAGCAUGCCCUCCAGCCCCUUGAUUGGCCGAAAUCCCAAAACCAGCGGUGUAAAUGUGCCACCUGCCAGUCCCUUGAUGGGACGGCAAGUUGUAGCGGGGGGCCACAGUACUCCCGAUGAGCUGGGGGCCACAUCUCGUCAGGCACAGCCGCCUUCCACACCUGCUUUCCCCGUCUCCCCCCAGCUGCCAGUUAAGAGACACGCGAGUGGUGGGGACGCAGAGCGGCUGGAUGGCAAGAACCUGGCAGCUGAGGCUGGAAGCUCAAACUUGACAGGGAAUUACCCGGACACCUCCAAGUCCAUCUAUGAUGGUUACCCAGACAUUAAAAUGAAUGUCAAGUUUGUCCAAGACACUUCCAAGUUCUGGUACAAGCCCGACAUCUCCCGAGAGCAAGCCAUUAACGUGUUGAAGGACAGGGAGCCCGGGGCCUUCGUCAUCAGGGACAGCCACUCCUUCCGUGGGGCUUAUGGUCUUGCCUUGAAAGUGGCAUGCCCACCUCCAACGGUACAACAAAACAAAAAAGUUGCUGAUCUGACCAACGAGCUGGUAAGACACUUCCUGAUUGAAACAAGCCCCAAAGGUGUCCGCCUGAAGGGUUGUCCCAACGAACCCUACUUUGGUUGUCUCUCGGCACUGGUUUACCAGCACUCCAUGACACCUCUGGCACUACCCUGCAAGCUCAUGAUCCCCACCAAAGACCCAAAUGAAGAGGCUCUGGAGCUGGCCACACCCACUGACCCAGUUGUGGAACUUCUGAAGCAAGGAACAGUUCAGAAGGUUCCAGAGGAGUCUCACGCGUCCAACGUGCUGUACAUUAACUCUGUGGACAUGGAGUCCUUGACUGGCCCACAAGCCAUCGCUAAGGCCAUCAGUCAGACACUGGCGACCAAUCCUCUACCCACCGCCACUGUGGUGCACUGUCAGGUGUCACCGCACGGCAUCAUGCUAACAGACAGUCACCGGAAGAUUUUCUUCAGGCGGCAUUAUCCACUAAGCACCAUAACCUACUGUGACACUGAUCCCCAGGAUAGAAGGUGGGGCCAAGAGAGUGGUGGCUCCCUUAGGCUUUUUGGCUUUGUGGCAAGAAAACAAGGAAGCACAACAGACAAUGUCAGCCACCUGUUUGCUGAGCUGGACCCUGACCAGCCGGCCUCGACCAUAGUCAGCUUUGUCUCCAAAAUGAUGAGGCGGUGAAAGCGCCAUGGCGACUAUUUCUUAAUCCAUCUUUUGGUGUCUUUUUCUCUCUGGGAUUCGACGAGCUCUAUUUUUUUUUUUUUUUAAGAUUUAAUUUAUAUAUUUUUCUGCCUUGCUGGUUUGGCGUGUUGCAAGUAUCUUCUUGCGAAAGGUGUGAACCUGCCAGAGGAUGUGCCAACGUGGGCUUGAGAAUGUGACACACAAGGAGGUUUCUGGACUGAAACUUGAAAACGAGAAUGGAUCGAAGUAUGGGAAGUUCAGUGUGAGAGGACAUGCGAGGCUCGGAUGUUUCAGGGUGUUUUCAUGUUUUUCUUGAUUGAUUUACCAAAGGUCGAUGCAAUACAAGUGCAAGAUUGAUGUUGCGAUUAAGCCAUUCUUAUAAUUUCCACCUUUAAAAGAUGUACCUAUAAACACAAAAGAAAAGUACUUUCUUCUUGACAGUGUCUUCAGGAAAAAAAAAGUUAGCCUUGAUGGCUUUUGGCAAAACAUUGUCUGAAGACUUUUUGCAUGUUAGCUUGAUCUUUAAGCUAAGUUCUACCUUCCACUAGUCCUUGUGAAGCCCUGAAUGUGGGCUUUUCUGGUUCUGCUGUGUGUUAGAAAGGGCUCUGCAGUGACACGACGACUGAUCUAAACUGCACAUUGCAGACCAGACUCGGAAAAAAACAACAACAAAAAAAGAAUCACACACACACAAACACCAAGCUUUGUGCACACGUGCAUUUCCAUCACCUACCUUCUACCGUCCCCUCAAGACACUGUACUGCAAGCAACUGGUGACUUUUGACAGAUUGUCUACAGGGUAGAGCCACCCAGUUAGGCUGGCACCAGGGCGCGCUUGUCACGGAAUGACACUGGAAAGCACCUCCAGGAAGCUAAUCCUGGGCCUAUGCACUGUUCUUUCUGCAUGCUGUUCCUUCCUUCAUAGCAGCAUUCACUGAAAACAUUCUAUGCUGUGUGCCCUUCGUAGACACUGAGGCCGUUUGACUUGUCUAAAAGACCGCAUGAAGUAGAUUUUUUUACGCUCCUCAGAGUCUUCAAGAUGUAGACAACCCAUUUUUGAAGUAGUCAAAUGAUGGUGAUACGCGAUAUUUUUUAUUUUAAUUGUUGGUGUGGCGGACUCACCUUUGAAUGUCUGUCUCCACUGUUUCCACUGUGUUGUCACAAAACACAUUUAGAUACUUUUAGCAAAGAAAAUACAACAUAGUAUUCACACUGUGCACAAUUGCACCCAUGCAGGUUUCUGCAACAAGAGGAUAGCUAUAUAUGUACAUAGAUGAACUACUUUGAAAGGUGACUUAGCGAAAAGUAUUUAUUUUUGUUGCUUCGGUCCCUCAUGAGUACUCAUUAUGCAUAUAUUGUACAGUCUAGAUAAAGAAAUGGGUUCAGAAAAAAAUCUAUACUUAUUUUGGCUAAUGAUUUCAAAGUCUGAAGAUUUUGAAAUAUGUUUGAAUAUAUGGUGUACAUUAUUUUGUACAUGUACAUGUUUUGGCUCGUCUUGUUUGUCAUCUUGGCAAAAGCAGUGUAGCAGAGUUGCAUGGACAAAGAGAUGUGCGUGAACAAGGGAUCGUUGGCGGGAAAUACUUAGAACAGAUUGUAGUUGAUAGAACUUUGCAGAUUCCAAAAAAAAAAAAGAAAAAGAAAAACAAACAAGGGGAAAAGAGGCCAAGCUCAAAUGCAAUACAAAAACAGUGUGUGCCCAUGAGUUAUGAUUUUUGCCAAAGAAUCACACAAGCUGCUUUUUAUGUCUCGCUUCCGUUUUACAUGCAAAGAUGUUACACAAGGUUUACAUUUAUGCACUGAGACAUUAUUGACAUAUUUUUAAAUGUUUGCCCGGAGAAAAAAGAUGUCUGCUCUACAUGAAGCACUUAACUUGACAGAGCAGCAAAGAAGCGACAGGAAUUCCACAUUCAAACGCUCCUUCAAGGCUUCUUCAUCAGAACUCUUGGACACCAAUGAUUUACUCAUUUUUUAUCUGUCAAAAGACAUCUUGUUCCAUUGUGUUAUAUGGAAGCAGAGCAGUGCAGCAUGCUUCUGUCCAACAAAGUGUUUUUAUAAAAGAAUUAGAAAGUGUCCAUAAGUCGUCUGAACUGUAUUAAUGUGAAGAAAAAAAAAGACACUUGGAUUGUGUUUGUGCUUAUCAUCUUCAUUUUAUCAUUAUGGCUUACCUAAGGAGAGAAAAAAACAUUAAAGCAAUACAAGUCUGUUA